AUGAUGCGUGCGAUGCUUCUGGACGUGUCUCGCUUUCUCGCGUUUUACCUUCCGUUCCAGCUCGCCUUUGGCUUUGCCUACUACCUCCUCUUCCAGAGCCUUCCCGAGACGUCGCCGUACGACUCGCUGCCCAAGAGCUUUCUACAGACGUUCCUCGUGCUACUGCAGCAGUUUGAUGCGUCAGAUUUCGCCACUCUGCCAACGACGAGCGCAGUUCUCCUGGGCUACACACUCCUGCUCACCCACACGACGCUGGUGAUGGUCAUGCUCCUCAACGUUCUCAUCGCCAUGAUGACGAAGGGCGUUGAGGCUCGCAUGGAGAAGGCCAAGCGGGAGGCCCUCGUGAGCUUCGCAGAGUGCAUCUUGCGCAGUGAGAAGACGCAAGGCCUCGUACCACUGCCUGUGCGCACUGAAAUCAAGUCGAUGGAGGUCGCACCGCUCAUCGAGUCGAGCCGCGGACUCUACACGGGCGACGACGACGAUGACGACGACGUUGCAAUGGACCACGGUCGCAGCCUCGUCUUUGGCGCCGAUGAAGAGAGUCGCCUCGGGUUUCGGCCGGACGAGCUCUCGUCCGACGAGCGGCUCGCGAUGCUUUCAGACCAAGUCGCGCGCCUCGAAGCCACGGUCGCAUCGCUCGUCCAGCUGCUCACCGCCAAGCGCGCCACGUAG